AUGUUCAAUAUAGGUUUAGAUAGUCUUACCUAGCAUCAUGAAGAGAGAAUCAAGACUAACGACUUUGUAAGGCUUGAGUAUGAAUCUUGGAUGAUUGACUGGAUGUCCGAUCAUAAGUUAUAAUAGACAGACGCCUCUUAUACUUAGACUUGCGAAAUUUUAUAGAAAUUGGCAAACGAAUCUGGAGUUGAUGAUCAGGGAAUUGUUUGGGAGCGAAUGAGAUUUAACAGAGAAAGGUAUAGAAAGAUAAGAAGGAUGCAAGCUAAAAGCUUUAGGACACCUGAGAUGGAGAAUAUUAAAAAGAUGAGUAAGAAUAAAGAAGAAGAAAAUGAACGUUAACUUAUCUAAAAUAAAUAUUUCUAUGGCCAUAGGUUAACAUAACUUGAUCAGAAUGUUAGCAUUGGUCAUUUUUAGUUACUUAGAAAUCUUAAAGCAUUAUCUAGUCAUGAGAUCUAUUUUGCCACUAACUAAGGAGUCAAUUAUUUCAACUUUAAAGAGCCAUGGGUAGAAUCCUAAAAAGUAGUGUGUGAAAAUUGGCUUUUGGGAAAUUAUUCAGUAUUCGAUAAUUUUUAGAACUUUAUUGUUCUAGGAUCACAUGAUGGAAAUAUUGCUAUAUACGAUACUGAUAAAUAGCAAUAUGUGCAAAAGAAAUUUUCACUAGCUUAAGGAGAGGGAAUGAUUGUUAAUCAUCUGCAAAUUUUCCAGGAAGGCAAAUCAAAUAAUUCAGUGAAUAUACUGAGCUCUACAAAUGACCAGACUGUUCAGAUUCAUGAUUUGGAGAGUAUGAAAGUAAAAGAAAUCCAUCGUUUCAAGGAGGCUAUUAACAUAGCUUAACUUAGCCCAGAUGGGCAUAUGCUUGCUGUCUAUGGUGAUUGCAUCUAAGCCCAGAUAUACGAUCGUAGAAGCUCUAAGUUAAUUGCAAACUUAAUAGGCCACGAAGAUUUCGGUUUUGCACUUUAAUGGCAUCCCAAUUAGAAUUUGAUAGCUACUGGAAACUAAGAUAGGACUUGUAAGUUAUGGGACAUCAGAUGCCUGAGAGAAAAUAAUUCAAACAAGUCUCAUUGCUAUUGCCUUUAAUCUUUCGAAGGAUAUCAAGGUUAAAUUAGUGACAUCAAAUUUCAUGAUGAUAAACUCAUCUUUGCUGAGAGUAUUGAUUAUGUGCAUAUAUAUGAUCAAAAGACAUUUAAAUUGCACUAGGAGAUUGAUAUUUUUGCUGAGAUAAGUGGGAUUGAUGUAUUUGAAGAUAAAUUGUUUAUUGCUGGCCAUGAUCAUAUGUUUUCUUGUUUAAUGGAAUUCAGCACAUGUAAUAGUAUUCAUAAAAUUAAUGGAGAAAAUAUGUUGGUUAAUAACAAUGAGUUACAUCUUUGA